CGAAGAGCAGGAGAGACGGCAGAAGCUGGAAGUUCCCCUGGGUUUCCCUUUCCUCUCAGACCAGAAGGAAGAGACUGUGGGACUCCGUCGUCCAGAUGAUGCCUCACAUGGCGCUCUGUAAAUUCUUUCCCCUGGUUGUAGUGGGGGUCGUGGUUUUUGCCGCCAGUGGGAUCAUUGGGGAUCCUCUGCUGGACUGCCUCCAAGACACGGACUACAGCGAGCUCCUGAACAUUGUGGAGAAAGGUCUGCCCACCGCAAAGUCUCCUCGACACAUCGCCAUCAUCGGAGGGGGAAUCGCCGGGCUGACCGCCGCCAAGUUCCUGGAGGACGCAGGACAUAAGGUGACCAUCAUCGAAGCCAGCGGCCGCAUUGGAGGCCGUGUGGAGACUUUCCGGAACAGAAGAGAAGGAUGGUAUGCAGAAGUGGGAGCCAUGAGGAUUCCCAGCUUUCACAAGAUUCUACUUUCCUUUGCCUCCAAAUUACAAAUCCCACUGAGGCCCUUCAUCCAAGAUGACUUGAACACCUAUUAUUUUGUGAAUGGAGCGGUCCAUAAAACCUACGCCGUUGAAAACAACCCUGCUGUGCUGAACUACAGCUUGACCGAACGGGAGAGAGGGAAGACUGCUGCUCAGCUCUUCAGUGACACGCUGUGGAAGGUGAGGGAUGACCUGAAGGUGAUGGGCUGCAGUGCCAUGUUGGAUAAAUAUGAUUCCUACACAGUCAAGGAGUACCUGGUGAAGGAGGGGAACCUCAGCCGCGGUGCUCUGAGGAUGAUCGGGGACCUUCUGAAUGAAAACAGCCUCUUCUACACUUCACUGGUGGAGACGCUGUACGUACAGUCAGACAUCAACGACGACGUAGAGUACUUUGAAGUGGCCGACGGAUUUGAUCACCUCCCCAGAGCUUUCUACCAGCUGUUAAAUGCCACCAUCCUUCUCAGUUCCAAAGUGAGGCUCAUAAAUCAAACGGGCGGCAGGAGUGUGACGGUGACGUACCAGGACGGGAGGAUUCCAGGCUCUGUGACUAACCUGACGGUGGACUACGCGCUGGUCACCUCCUCAGCCAAAGCCACCCUCUUCAUUGACUUCCAGCCCCCUCUGUCGGGGGACAAAUUGGAGGCCCUGCGCUCGGUUCACUAUGCCAGCUCCACCAAGGUGGUGCUCAGCUUUAAGGAGCGUUUCUGGGAGAAGGAGGGCAUCAGAGGGGGGAAGAGCAUCACAGACCGGCCCUCUCGCUUCAUCUACUACCCCAGCCACGAGUUCUCUGGCACGGCGGCGGGGGCCCUCCUGGCGUCGUAUACCUGCUCCGACGACUCCACUCUCUUCCAGGGGAUGAGCGAGGACGAGCUGAUGGCCGUGGUCCUGGAGGACCUGGUGAAGAUCCACGGGGAGUACAUCCGUCCCCUGUGGACGGGGGGCCUGGUGAAGAAGUGGGGCCUGGACCCGUACAGUUUGGGAGCGUUCGCUCUGUUCACACCCUACCAGCAGGGGCACUACGCCAGAGACCUGUUCCAAAAUGAGGGCCGGAUUUUCUUUGCGGGGGAGCACACGGCCACCCCUCAUGGCUGGAUUGAAACCGCCAUGAAGUCUGCUCUCAGGGCAGCAAGAAACAUCAACAGCCUCACUCUUUAAGUUUGAUUUUUACAAUAUUUCAGAUAUCCUAAACCCUCAGGCAUCACCCUUAAAUCAUUCAGUACAAAAACAUGCAUUUCCAGUGUAAAAAUCCAAUGUAAAAAUUAGGAAUGAACCAAUACCAUAUUUUGAGGGACACAUACGGUAUUGAGUUUCAGCUACUCACUAGUCCCAAAUGCCAGUAGGAGUACUAAAAUGCCAUGAAGCCUGUUUCAUACUGUAUAUGCAAACGAUACAUAAACACUAUGUGCUGCUAUGAACCACCCAGGGAUGUCAACAUCAACACAUGUAAAUGUGUACACGGAUAACAAACCAUAACCAUUUAGAAACAUCAGUAACCGUGUAGACGUCAUUUUCCUCCUCCUCGUUCUUUUUUCAUAUAAUGUCUUUUGGGGUUGAUAUAACCUGAAAGUUUCAGAUAAAAACAUGAGCUAACUAAACUGUACCUCUAGUGCAGUUAUCCACGUACAUAAUAGAUACAUGUGGCGCAAUGCUACGUUGUUUUAAAAGAAAAAAAUAAACAGCCAGAGUUGCGUUCAAGUUGACCAGGGGACGCGAUGGCAGCUUACAACAAGUGUAGCGCUGUGUGGCAGCUUUUCUAACAAACUGGAAAUAGCUGGGUGUAGGUUAUGUCAGGUAAAGCUGGUUUACAACAGCAGCACGGGAUCCAUGAGAGACCAGCUGUGAUGGAAACGCCCCAACAAACUGGAGGGAGAGACACUGCUGACGGCAUCGGCGCUACCGUGAGCUAGCUAGCACUUUAUUGCUACCACUAACAGUUUACAGGCCAGCAGGAGGGAUGUUACAUACAACAAAUUGAAGAAAUAUGACAAAACACAUAGUGAACAUUUCAGCAACGUAAUACCUGAAAUGGUGGCCCUCAACGUGCAGCCUGUGUCAAUGGUUGAUGAUAGAAUAAACGUUUUUGUCUGGUAACUACUGGAAUGGCUUUGAAUGGGAUUAUGAGGUACUGUAUUUCAAUGGAGACAGAGCCCUCUGUCAUAUAGUUUUCAUAGAGCGCAAUUGCACAUCACAAAUCUGACGUCACGUGUAGCCGGUUACACGUCAGUUAGAAGUUCCGGUUACUAAUGUAGAAAAAAUUGUAAACACUGACACCACUAGAACCACCACUUGCACAGCCUCUGUACCAACGCUACCCCAACAACCGUACAGUCUGCAGUCCACAGAGAGCAUCUAUCUACACGAUGCACGCUGCGUAUUGUAGACUGCAGACCGAGGGAGCGAGCUCACUGUUAAUGAGCGUAUCAGUCGUAAUUUAUUCAGGUUUAGCGUGUAGCAUGGCCAGUGUGUGAGCCUGAAACUAGUUAGCGUGUAGCAUGGAGCACAGCUCAGAGUAAAAUCCUCCAGGAUCUACUGGGCAAUGAGUGACAUUGGAAUAAUUCCGCGGUCCAAAUGUGUCUAGUGGUUAAGUUGCUGAUGUGUGAAUUACCUUUCUCCCCUCCUCUUGAUGUUUGUACGUACAUAAUUUACAGUCUGUCUUACUUUUGUCAUUCUCAUUAAUAUUAAAGAAUCUUCAAACUGCA